GUAAAGCGGGCUCACUAACAUUCGAGAGGGAAACAAAGAGAGGGUCAACAUCUCGCUACUGUUGGAGGCGAACAAACGGAAUAGUUGAUUUUUUCACAUCAGGAUACAUUGUCAGUUAUAUCAGGUUUUCGCCAUGUCUCACAAACAGAUCUACUACUCUGAUAAAUAUGACGAUGAGAAAUACGAGUACAGGCAUGUGAUGCUACCCAAAGAUAUAGCAAAGCGUGUACCCAAGACCCAUUUGAUGUCCGAGACCGAGUGGAGGAAUCUCGGGGUGCAGCAAAGCCAAGGAUGGGUGCAUUACAUGAUCCACCAGCCAGAGCCGCACAUCUUGCUGUUCCGGCGCCCUCUUCCCACCCCGAAAUCAUAAGGGAGAUUCUCUGGGUCCUCUGACGAUCAGUCCUACGAAAGUGCUACAGACCCAGCUCAUCACGACAAGCAUCGUGCUGUCAGGUUACCAAGCUCUUCUGUGGUAGGUGGCUUGUGAUUUAGGCUGAAUCGUGUUGGACCUGGAGAAGGACUAUCACAUUAUGAACAGUGCUUGUGGAAUGGAGUACGCGUUGAAGGAAGGAAAAAAACAAAACAAAAAAAACAUGCAUCACCCUUCACCCGGAUAAAAGACUUCUGCAUGUGUUAACAGCGACACACUGUCUGCCAGAAACAUUCAAAUCGGCUUAAACUGUCCUCUUGACUUUACCUAUGUGUCAAACUGAACCUGCUUGGAUAUUCCAGCUUUUUAAGAAUAGUUGCGAUAAGACAUGGGGAAUGAAACGUGAUCAAACAUUUGAGUUAUUCUAACGGAGCGCAUACUGGGUCAAGCUCUGACCAGAACACCGGCCACAUAAGAGUAGUUGGAUCUUAUAUUAAUUUUGACUUAAACAUCGAUCUGCGAUUUUUAGUGACAUGUUGCUGCUUGGUUUAAAUGACACUGUAACUUGGCAUUUAACAAUAUUUUGUCAUGCGCUAUAAAAUCCAUGCAAGUCGUAUAGAAAUUAAGUUUGGAUCCUGUUUUCCAUAAGCGGGUUUUGGCCUACUUUUAUACAACUCUUUUCGAUGGUCGGAUUGUCGGUGAGCUGCUCAGUAUUUAUGAUAUGUGUUGCCCUUUCUGAAAUAAAUGUAAACUUUUUUAAAUCUUA